GUUUUGCACCUGCAGUUUGUUUAAAAAAAAAACGAAUUUGCUGGGAAAUGCUGACCACAGUGAGAGUCGGAGCAUGGACAGCUCCACGCCUGACUCGCAGCUACACGACGAAGGCUAAGCGCAGCGUGCUCUCCCAAGACAAGAGCAAAAUAAAGGACUACACGCCAAAGGUGUCGGAUCCACACGCGCACCGGGUCUAUGUCUGGGGAUUCCAGGAGACCGGCGCCCUCGGGCUGCAGACGAGCGUGAAGAAGGCCCAGGAGCGAUACACCGAAAUGGUCCACCACCCGACACGACUCCAGUUCUCGAACAACAACGAGAUCACAGAUGUGGCAGCCGGCUAUGGCUUCACCGCCUACGCUGUGCAGCGUUCCGAUGGCGAGACACUCUUUGGCAGUGGCCUCAACACGGACUCCCAGCUGGGCUUCCAGGUGAAGGGCAACCCCAAGGACCCGGCCAACCUGGACGUGAUCAUAUAUCCCACAGCCAUUCGACUGCCGCGGGAGCAUGGUGAGACGGACGAGGACAUGCAGGUGCGCAGCAUGGCCGCUGGCAGGGCCCAUCUCGUGGUGGUCACUCGGAACGGGACCAUUUUCACCCUGGGCAACAACUCGUACGGCCAGUGUGGUCGAUCCAUCAUCGACGACGAGAGAUAUAGCCGAAGCGCUCUCAUCCACAGGAUCGCCCAGACCGAUAUCUGUGGGGCGGAGGACGAGAUCGUUAGCGUGGAGUGCGGCCAGGACCACACAAUGUUCCUCACCAAGCUGGGCCGCGUCUACACCUGCGGCUGGGGCGCCGAUGGACAGACGGGGCAGGGAAACUACCACACAGCGGGUCAGAUCACGCUCAUCGGCGGCGACAUCGAAAAGGAGCGCAUUGUGCGGCUGACCAGCUCCUCGGACUGUGUGCUGGCGCUCAACGAGCGGGGCGACGUAUUCGGGUGGGGCAACUCGGAGUACGGACAGCUGGACGACUCGGAGCACGCCCAGACACAGAUAAAUACACCGCGCGCCCUGCAGCUCACCAAGGGGAUCGGUGUCAUCAAGGAUGUGGCUGCUGGCGGCUCGUUCUGCAUGGCUCUGAAUGACCAGGGACUGGUCUACACCUGGGGCUACGGCAUCCUGGGCUUCGGACCCUUUGUGGAGCAAACAUCAAAGCCGCAGCACCUGCUGCCACCCCUGUUUGGGCGCAACGAUUUCAGCAAUGCCACCACCGUGGUCUCCAUUGGCUGCGGUGUCUUCCACAUGGGCGCCGUCAACUCGGACGGGGAUCUGUUCAUGUGGGGCAAGAACCGCUUUGGCCAUCUGGGCCUGGGCCACAAGAAGGAUCAGUUCUUUCCCUUCAAGGCGGCCAUCAACGGAAAGGUGACGAAGGUGGCCUACGGCGUGGACCACACCAUAGCCCUGUGCAAGCCUUACUUUUAGACAAAAUAAAUAAUGUUCAGAUAGAUAAAGAGAU